AGUUAGCCAGUCAUUCACGAGUCGUCUUCAACAUAGGUUCAUUCUGUGACUUCGCAGUGCGUUCUCGAGCUGGCCAUCUUCAUUCAUAAAAUUGUUCUGCUGGCUAGCGGCAGCAUGUGUUAUCGAUUUUCGGUGGUCUCUCGCUCACACUUGUGCAUCGCGUACUGAAGGUGCGAUAAGGACCGACGUUGCACCGCAGGAAAGAUAAACAAAUCACAUUGAGACGAGUGCUGUUUUUUUUCUGUUAGUGAAAGAAUCGUGAAAAGUGCACAAGUUUGCACACAAAAAGUGACCAUCGUUAUCAUAAGAAUGAAAAAAGAAAUUCGACACGCGUAGUGAGAUGAAUUGAGUGGGAAGCUGUGCGAGGAAUUCUAGAAGAUUCACAGGAACUCUGGAAGAUUAGUUGUGAUUAGGCGGAACAGUGCAAAGCAGAUUUUUAGUUCCUUAGAAUAAUAGUUAUAUUUCAACGAUGAAUCUCAACCAAUCUCACAUCAUGGCGACAAUACUAACCAUACUACUACUGGUGUUGGCUGCCACCCUUCGACCCGCUCGGUCAGAAUUGUUCACAGCCUUAGCAGAUAUGGAAGAACUGAUGGAGACCGAAGCGGUCCUAAUGACCAACCUAGAGAAGUACAUCAGAGUGCAGGAGGAGAAGCUGGAACAGUUGAGGCUGAGAAGUGCAGAAUACCAGCGAGAACACGCCGAAGCCGCCAAAGACAUCAGCACCUAUCUGUCUAAUCCGGUCAAUGCCUUCCUGCUAACCAAACGGCUGACAACGGAUUGGCGCGAGGUGGAGAAUCUCAUGUCGUACGACGUUGGAGCGGAUUUUCUGGAGAACGUCACCAACUACAGGGACGUGUUGAAGUUCCCAUCCGACGAAGACUUGAAUGGGGCAGCGGUGGCAUUGAUGCGAUUGCAGGACACCUACAAUCUGGACACGGCUUCCGUCGCUCGGGGGGAAUUGAAUGGGGUACAGUACAGUACCGAAAUGUCGGCCGGUGAUUGUUUCGAGCUAGGGCGGCAAACCUAUCUGAACGGAGAUUAUUAUCACACGAUGUUGUGGAUGCGUGAGGCCAUGGAUCGGCUUUCGCAGGAGGUCAACCGGACGACAACGAAGGCUGAUGUGUUGGAGUAUCUGGCGUUCUCUACGUUCAAACAAGGAAACAUGCAAACCGCUCUCCUGAUGACCAACGAACUGUUGGAACUUGUGCCAAACCAUGAGCGAGCCGUCGGAAACAAGGCCUACUACGAAAAGGAACUAGAAAAGGAAGCUAACCAGAAAGCACUUCGAGGAGACGACGGUAGCGAGGACGUCCCGGUAGAUACAACCAUCCAAUUCCGCACCGAUAACGGCCCCAACGUGUACGACAGCUCGGAGCGCAAACUUUACGAGCAACUGUGUCGGGGCGAAGCCAAUCGAACCGUAGCGGACACCUCCAAGCUGAGGUGUCGAUACGUAACGAACAAAUCUGCAUUCCUGAAGAUUGCACCUCUUAAGCUGGAGGAAGCUCACCUUAAGCCGUACAUUGUCAUCUACCACGAUGUGAUGUCCGAUAAGGAAAUUGAAGUGAUUAAGCGACUAGCCAAACCACGGUUCCGCCGGGCAACGGUACAGAACUAUAAAACCGGCGAGCUGGAGGUGGCCACCUACCGAAUCAGCAAGUCGGCGUGGCUAAAGGACGAGGAGCACCCGUACAUCAAGGCGAUCGGCCAACGGGUGGAGGAUAUGACCGAUCUGGUGAUGUCGACAGCAGAGGAGCUGCAGGUGGUGAAUUAUGGAAUUGGUGGCCACUACGAGCCACACUUUGAUUUUGCCCGACGGGAAGAGAAGAACGCUUUCAAGAGCCUCGGGACGGGGAAUCGAAUUGCGACGGUGUUGUUCUACAUGAGCGACGUGGCGCAAGGCGGCGCCACCGUGUUCCCCAGCAUACGGGUAGCCCUGCUGCCGAAGAAGGGAACAGCCGCCUUCUGGCAUAACCUGCAUCCAUCGGGAAAUGGCGACUUUGCCACACGUCAUGCUGCCUGUCCCGUUCUCACCGGCACCAAAUGGGUAUCGAACAAAUGGAUCCACGAACGCGGUCAGGAAUUCCGACGACCGUGUGAGCUGCAACCAGAGCAGCCGGAAGAAUUUUGACGACGGAUCGUGUACGAGGACGAACUGGAUGAGCUGAAGGCGAUACAGCUGACGUGAAUCUCAGUCGGUUCGGGCUCGGGGUGGGAGCAAUUUUACCAAACUGCAUAUAGGGAAACUUUACCGUACAUUCUAGGGUAAACAAUUGAACACCAAAAUUCUCACUUUAGGUUGCCAUCUAUUCGCUCUCUUCUAUAUAUUAGGUUGAUUUUAAGUUAUAAGAUUUAGUGGAUUCAACGAAUCUUUGAUGCCAUAUAAUUUAGUGAAUUUUACUGCAUUUCUUCGCUUCUACUUCGCAAUGAAUAAAAUGUAAAUUUUAUGAACUUAUUACGGAUGUGUUUGAUCAGCAACUAAUUCCAAAUUUUCAAAUUCGAGUUAUGGCUCCUGAUAAGUUAAAUAAAACAACAUUGAAUCUAUUUGAAGAGCUUUUCAGCGAUUGUAGAAAAAUGAUCUAGUCUGAGAGCAGGAAUCUAAUACAGAGUAGGAGAAAAAAUCAUGAAACAAGUUGUCAUGCGGUUGACCCGAAAAGAAAUAGGUAAGACUGAUGCGAACACUGAAGAAGAUUACAAGCUGGGAAUUACAAGUAGUAAUCGAAAUACCGGUAUCUGUUAAAUAGUGAAGUGCAAGUUCAUUUAACUAUAAAAACAGUGGAAUUAAAUGGAAGAAAACCUUUCAAAUUUAGCGCCGACUAACGCCAAGUUGCUUCCUGCUAAAAUCGAUUAAAACAACAGUUCUAUUUCCUACUUAGUUCGGAUAUCAGUUAUCAGUGCUAUCAGUUUCUCGGAGGCUAUAAUAAAAAAGACGCCAAUUCAGUAAUUUGGUCUAGUUACUGAUCAAAUAUUUCUCGUGAAAAAAAACACUUUUGUUAAUAAAUAUUUCUAACGCAGAUCACAACAGGAUUUCUCUACUUACUCAUCAAAAAGAAAUUGUCCAGCCGGC